CUGCAUGACUCCUACAACAUAAUAAAAUCAAACGGAUUCAGUAAAAUUUCAAAUGUUUGUUCCCUCAACUGGGUUCUCUUCUUUCUCCAUUUUUGUUUCAGUAAGAGAAGAAAAGUAGAGUUUUGAAUGGUGAUGGAAUUGACAGAGCUGUCUUUGGCUCCAACAGUUUGUGUUGUUGAUAAAAGUAGUGGUGGCAAUGGUUCUUUGUCAGAAUCAGAAAACAACCCUUCUAGAAAGAGGAAGCUUUUCUCAGAUCAAAUAUUAUUCAAGUCUGGACUGGAUGCUGCUAUUCAUCAGCCAAGUGUUGAUCUUCAACUUAAAAAUCCUCUUCCUUUGGAUUGGGAACAAUGCCUUGACCUUCAAUCAGGGAGAAUGUAUUAUCUAAACAGAAAGACAUUGAGAAAGACCUGGGAUUGGCCGGAGAAUGACAACCAGAAGCUAGACCUAGAAUUGAACAUAUCGACAGUCGAUUCCAAUUGUGCGGAGCGAAGCAGUAAAUUGAAUGAUUCAAACAAGAACAAUUCCUCAUCAAGCAGCAACAUGGUUGCCUUGGCUUGUUUAAAUUGUCAUCUUCUUGUAAUUCUAUCAAAAGCCUCCCCUUCUUGCCCUAAUUGCAAGUAUGUUCACUCUCUCCCCACUUUACAAACCCAACCAUCAGAACACCCAGUUGCCAAUAAGGCCCUUAACACCUUAAGCCUCCUGAAUUAAUUGAUCACCAUGUAAUAGAGGCUUGUUAAUUAGAACUAUAUUAAGUGUUGAUGUUGUACUGAAAAUUGAGUAGAUAUAAUAUCUAUGCAAUUAGCUUUUCUAGUGACA